GGCCAUGUGAGAUUGGUGAACGCUCUGAGCAAAUUGUAUUCGAAAUUGAUUGGACGGCCGAUCGAUGCAUUUUCUGAGAUUCUGGUUACGAGCGGUGCUUACGAGGCUCUAUUCAGCAGCAUAGGCGGUCACACCAGACCCGGCGAUGAGUUCAUUAUCAUCGAGCCCUUUUUCGAUUGCUACGAACCCAUGGUGCUAGCAGCUGGAGGCAAACCCGUCUAUAUACCAUUGCGGCCGAAAUCAACUACUGGCAAUGGGCCAACUACAUCUGCUGAUUGGGUUUUGGACCCAGAUGAACUCGCGUCUAAAUUCAACUCGAAUACAAAGGCAAUAAUUCUAAAUACACCCCUCAAUCCUCUGGGUAAAGUUUUCACCGUAGACGAAUUAACAACCAUUGCCAAUCUGUGUAAAAAGUGGAACACCCUUUGUAUUUCGGAUGAAGUCUAUGAAUGGAUGACUUAUAAGCCCAACAAGCAUGUCAGGAUUGGUGAGUUUUAUUACUAGUCAUUACUGAAAUGC